UCCCCCGCCGCGGGUCGCCGGCGCCCCCUCUCCACCAUAGCAGCUGUCUGCACCGGCCGCCGCCGGCGCCGUGAGGCUGCAGCAGAGCCCAGGGCCGAGGGAGGGGUCCCGCGAGAGGGCAGCGCGGCCGCCGCCUGGACGCUGAGAGUCGGUGCCUGAGAGCCAUGCCAGCUGCCCCCCAGUCUCUCCAGAUGCCCGGCAAGGCGCCAGCACCCUGGAACACCCGUGCCGCCCAUCCACACUCAAGUGGCCUGCCUGCCCCGCCCCGGGGCCCACUGCCCAGCGUCACUGCCUUCUAGCCACUUCUCCCGUGAGCCCGAGGACCAGCCGCUGCUGCCAGGAGCCUCUCCCCAAGACGCAGCCCAAACUGCUGCUGCUGGAACCUUCUCACAUCUGCCUCAUCCGCGAGCCUUUCUGACCCUGCUUCUGGGUGCUGGCGGUGGGUCACCCCAUGCGACUGAGUGGGGCUGCCUCAAGGAUUUCCCAGGGUCCCAAGGAUCAGCUGUUAAACACAAGGGCCUCUUGUCCUCACCCGAAGCUCCCGUGGGAGCGAUGACCAGGAGCCUCGCGUACCUGCCCUAGACCUGAGCUGCCUGGCCGCACCUCAAUCCCAUGCCUUCAGCGUCCGUCCGGAACCAGCCCCUCCCCACACCCAGGCACCAAGGAGGCUGCUUGCACUAAUCCCACCCUGCUUCUCUCAAAGAGCUGUGCACCCCCACCUCUCCAGCAGAAGAUGGCGGCCCCCCGGCAGCUGGCCCUGCUCCUCUGGAAGAACUACACGCUGCAGAAGCGGAAGGUCCUGGUCACCGUGCUGGAAAUCUUCCUGCCCUUGCUGUUCUCGGGGAUCCUGAUUUGGCUCCGCCUGAAAAUCCAGUCAGAAGAUGUCCCCAACGCUACCAUCUACCCUGGCCAGUCCAUCCAAGAGCUGCCCCUCUUCUUCACCUUCCCUCCUCCGGGAGGCUCCUGGGAGCUGGCCUACAUCCCGGCCCACAGCGACGCCGUGAGGACCAUCACUGAGGCCGUGAGGAAGGCACUGGUGAUCAACAUGAGAGUCCGGGGCUUCCCCUCGGAGAGGGACUUCGAGGACUACAUCAAGUAUGACAACGGCUCCUCCAGCGUGCUGGCCGCCGUGGUGUUUGAGCAUGCCUUCAACCACAGCCGGGACCCCCUGCCGCUGGCGGUGAGGUACCACCUGCGCUUCAGCUACACUCGAAGGAACUACAUGUGGACCAAGGCAGGCUCCUUCUUCUUGAAGGAGACACAGGGCUGGCACACCACCUCCCUGUUCCCGCUCUUCCCAACCCUGGGCCCCAGGGAGCCCGCGGCUGCAGAUGGCGGGGAGCCUGGCUACAUCCGGGAAGGCUUCCUGGCGGUGCAGCACGCCGUGGACAGAGCCAUCAUGCAGUACCAUGCCAACACCUCUGCGCACCAGCUGCUGGAGAAGGUCACCGUGAUCGCAAAGAGGUUCCCGUACCCACCGUUCAUCUCGGAUCCCUUCCUGGUUGCCAUCCAGUACCAGCUCCCCCUGCUGCUCAUGCUGAGCUUCACCUACACCUCACUCAGCAUCAUCCGGGCUGUCGUGCGGGAGAAGGAGAGGAAACUCAAGGAGUACAUGCGCAUGAUGGGGCUGAGCAGCUGGCUGCACUGGAGCGCCUGGUUCAUCAUGGCCUUCCUCCUCCUCCUCAUCGCCAGCGCUUUCAUGACCCUGCUCUUCUGUGUCAAGGUGAAGAAGGACGUGGCGGUGCUGACCCACAGCGACCCGUCCCUGGUGCUGGUCUUCCUGCUGUGCUUCUCCAUCUCCUCCAUCUCCUUCAGCUUCAUGGUCAGCACCUUCUUCAGCAAAGCCAACAUGGCGGCGGCCAUUGGCGGCUUCCUCUACUUCUUCACCUACAUCCCCUACUUCUUCGUGGCGCCCCGCUACAACUGGAUGGCCCUCAGCCAGAAGCUGCUCUCCUGCCUCCUCUCCAACGUGGCCAUGGCCAUGGGCGCCCAGCUCAUCGGCAAGUUCGAAGCCAAAGGCACUGGCCUACAGUGGCGCGACCUCCUGACUCCGGUCAAUGUGGACGACGACUUCUCAUUCGGGCAGGUGCUGGGCAUGCUACUUCUGGACUCUGUCCUCUACGGCCUGGUGGCCUGGUACGUGGAGGCCGUCUUCCCGGGCCAGUUCGGGGUGCCCCAGCCCUGGUACUUUUUCCUCCUGCCUUCCUACUGGUGCGGCAGCCCCAGGACCGCCCUAGCCAAAGAGGAUGAGGACAAAGACCCGGAGAAAGCACUCAGGUCGGAGUUCUUCGAAGCCGAGCCUGAAGACCUGGUGGCUGGGAUCAAGAUCAAGCAUUUGUCCAAGGUGUACAGAGUCGGGAGUAAGGGCAAGACAGCCGUCAAGGAUUUGAACCUGAACCUGUAUGAAGGCCAGAUCACCGUCUUGCUGGGGCACAAUGGUGCUGGGAAGACCACCACUCUGUCCAUGCUCACGGGCCUCUUCCCCCCCAGCAGCGGGCAUGCGUCCAUCUGCGGGUAUGAGAUCUCCCAGGACAUGCCUCGGAUCCGGGAGAGCUUGGGGCUGUGCCCCCAGCACGAUGUCCUGUUUGACGACCUGACGGUGGCAGAGCACUUGUACUUCUACGCCCAGCUGAAAGGCCUGUCGCUGCACAAGUGCUGGGAGGAGGUCAGGCGGAUGCUGCGCAUCCUGGACCUGGAGGACAAGCAGGACGCCCCCAGCAAGUUCCUCAGUGGGGGCAUGAAGCGCAAGCUGUCCAUUGGUAUCGCCCUCAUUGGAGGCUCCAAGGUGCUGAUGCUGGACGAACCCACCUCGGGCAUGGAUGCCAUCUCCCGGAGGGCCAUCUGGGACCUGCUCCAGCAGCAGAAGAGUGACCGCACGAUCCUGCUGACCACUCACUUCAUGGACGAGGCCGACCUGCUGGGGGACCGCAUCGCCAUCAUGGCACAGGGGGAGCUGCAGUGCUGCGGGUCCUCGCUGUUCCUCAAGCAGAAGUACGGCGCAGGCUACCACAUGACCCUCGUCAAGGAGCCCCACUGCAAACCCGAGGCCAUCGCCCGCCUGGUCCACCAGCACGUCCCCAGCGCCACCCUGGAGAGCAACGCCGGGGCUGAGCUCUCCUUCAUCCUGCCCAAAGAGAGCACACACAGGUUUGAAGCGCUCUUCACGAAGCUGGAGAAGCAGCAGAAGGAGCUGGGCAUCGCGAGCUUCGGGGCCUCCGUCACCACCAUGGAAGAGGUCUUCCUUCGGGUCGGCAAGCUGGUGGACACAAGCAUGGACAUCCAGGCCAUCCAGCUCCCGCCCCUGCAGUACCAGCACGAGCGGCGGGCCAGUGACUGGGCAGUGGACAACCACCUGUGCGGCGUCAUGGAUCCCAGCAACGGCAACGGCGCCCUCAUCGAGGACGACUGUGCCAGCGUCCAGCUCAACACCGGGCUGGCCCUGCACUGCCAGCAGUUCCGGGCCAUGCUGGUGAAGAAGGCUGCGUACAGCUGGAGGGAGUGGAAGGUGGCGGCUGCCCAGGUGCUGGUCCCGCUGACGUGUCUCACGCUGGCCCUCCUGGCCAUCAACUACUCCUCAGAGAUCCUUGACGACCCCAGUCUGGAGCUGACCCUGGGCCCAUACGGCAGGACCGUUGUGGCCUUCUCGGCCGCUAGGACAUCACGGCUGGGGCAGCAGCUCUCAGAGCACCUGAGGGACCUGCUGCAGGCUGAGGGCCAGGAGCCCCGGGAGGUGCUGGGUGACCUGGAGGAGUUCCUGAUCUUCCGGGCCUCGGUGGAGGGCGGAGGCUUUAAUGAGCGCUGCCUGGUGGCUGCAUCCUUCAGGGACGUGGGGGAGCGGACGGCCGUCACUGCUCUGUUCAACAACCAGGCCUACCACUCCCCGGCCGCCGCCCUGGCCCUGGUGGACAACAUGCUCUUCAGGACGCUCUGCGGCCCCCAGGCCUCCAUCAUGGUGUCCAACUACCCGCAGCCCCGCAGCGCCCUGCAAGCAGCCAAGGAUCAGUUCAGCGAGGGCCGGAAGGGUUUCGACAUCACCCUCAACCUGCUGUUUGCCAUGGCCUUCCUGGCCAGCACCUUUGCCAUCCCUGCUGUCGGCGAAAGGGCCACCCAAGCCAAGCACAUCCAGUUCGUUAGUGGUGUCCACGUGGCUGCCUUCUGGCUCCCUGCCCUGCUGUGGGACCUCAUCACCUUCCUGGUCCCCAGCCUGCUGCUGCUGGUGGUGUUCAAAGCCUUCGACGUGCACGCGUUCACGCGGGACGGCCACGAGGCGGACGCCCUGGCACUGCUGCUGCUCUACGGCUGGGCCAUCGUCCCACUCAUGUACCUCCUCAGCUUCCUCUUCUCGGGCCCAGCCACGGCCUACACACGCCUGACCAUCUUCAACGUGCUCUCGGGCGUCGCCACCUUCCUCGUAGUCACCAUCAUGCGCAUCCCAGCGGUCAAGCUGGAAGAACUGUCCAGAACCCUGGACCACGUGUUCCUUGUGCUGCCCAACCACUGCCUGGGCAUGGCCGUCAGCAGCUUCUACGAGAACUACGAGACUCGGAGGUACUGCACGUCCUCAGAGGUGGCCACCCACUACUGCCACAAAUACCACAUCGAGUACCAGGAGAACUUCUAUGCGUGGCAAGCCCCGGGCGUGGGCAAGUUUGUCAUCUCCAUGGCCGUCUCGGGCUUCGUGUGCCUCCUGCUGCUCUUCCUGCUGGAGACCAGUCUGCUGUGGAGGCUGAGGGGCCUGCUCUGUGCUGCCCGCCGCCGCCACGCACUGACAGAGGCAUAUGGCCGUGCUCCCGUACCACCUGAAGACCAGGAUGUGGCUGAUGAGAGGAGCCGAGUGCUAGCCCCAACGCUGGACCCACCCCCUCGGGACCCCCCUCUGAUCAUCAGGGAGCUCUCCAAGGUGUACGAACAGCGGCCGCCCCUCCUUGCUGUGGACAAGCUCGCCCUGGCCGUCCACAAGGGCGAGUGCUUUGGCCUGCUGGGCUUCAACGGGGCUGGGAAGACCACCACCUUCAGGAUGCUGACGGGGGAGGAGCCCCUCACCUCGGGAGACGCCUUCGUCUGGGGCCACAGCAUCCGCUCCGACCUCGGGAAGGUGCGGCAGCGCAUCGGCUACUGCCCGCAGUUUGACGCCCUGCUGGAGCACCUGACUGCACGGGAGACGCUGGUGCUGUACGCCCGGCUCCGGGGCGUCCCUGAGCGCCACAUCGGUGCCUGUGUGGAGAACACGCUGCGGGGCCUGCUCCUGGAGCCACACGCCAACAAGCUGGUCAGGACCUACAGUGGCGGGAACAAGCGGAAGCUCAGCACGGGCAUCGCCCUGAUCGGAGACCCUGCAGUCAUCUUCCUGGACGAGCCGUCCACGGGCAUGGACCCCGUGGCCCGGCGCCUGCUCUGGGACACAGUGGCGCGGGCCCGAGAGUCCGGCAAGGCCAUUGUCAUCACCUCCCACAGUGCAGCCUGGGGAGGGGGUACCCCAAGACAGUGGGGCCCUGAGGCGGCCUGUGACAAGAUGUGCCUGCUCUUGCAGGUGUUCGGUGUCCUGGAGCGUGCCAAGGAGAAGUACGGUGUGGGCGACUACUCGGUGAGCCAGAUCUCGCUGGAGCAAGUCUUCCUGAGCUUCGCACACCUGCAGCCACCAGCCGAGGAUGAGGGCCAGUGAGGGGCAGCGGGUGGGUGGUCACCCACUGCCCAGCCUCUCCCGUCACCCUGCACCUCCCGUCGACCAAUUUUCUACGACAGAGAUAAAGCCAUGGAGGCAGUGUCUACAGUGGGAGCUAUGGAAAGGGGGUGGCCAGCAGAGACACAUCGUCCACCCAGAGGCUGGAUUUUUCUACCCAGUGGUCUCCACGUCCACAGAGCCCUGCACUCUCCCCCAGGGGGGACGGGCUCAGACAGGCUUCUGCUGCACCUAGGGCUCAAGGGCGUGGGCCUCUCCACAGACUGCCCAGCCCCUGCCGGGCGUCAAUCAGGAGAAUCUUCAGGAACUGUGACCAUCAUGGUGAGAGCAGGGGUCCCCUGUCCCCCCACAGGACGCUGGCCGAGCAAAUCAGAGGGACCACAAUGGGGACUUUUGGGUCAGCUUUGUGGACAUACUCACACACACAUGCAUACCAUGGAAGUGAAGGGCGAGAUGGAGGCCAGGCACACCUGUUACACUCACAUUCACACUCUCCACGCACCGUGUACUCAUUCUUACACUGACAUCAUGCACUCACACACACUGAUUCUCACGUUGACAGAUGCAUGCACAUACCCACUCACGUACAUCGUUCUCACAUUUAACACAGACACAUGCAUUCUCAUACUCACACACACACACCCUCACGGAGGGAGUCCGCACACACCAGGGCAUUCUCCAGGAACCUUCCUGCCCCAUGACCCGAAAGGGAGGCUGAGGUUGGGAAACGCAGUGGAAGGACUGAGCCCGCCCCACUUAGGUAGCCUGCCUGCAGGACUCAGCGCCCCACGCUGCAGAGCCACAAAAACACUAGUGAAAAGGCUGCUCAGAAAAAGGGCCCACUGACAGAGGGGCGGGGGUCACUGGAGGACUCCACUCCCCAGGGAACCCGAGGGGGGGGACUGGAGGAGCCUCAACACCUGCUCCCUUCUGAUCAUCCAGCCCCGUCUCUUCCUUCCUUCCGGGGUUCUCUCAGACUUCGUGAUUCAAAUCUCUGUGCCUUUGACGCCCCCUUGGCGUUUGGGACAAAAGCUCCGAUCAGCAUCUUAUCAGUCCCUUCAAGUUGACCAACGCGGCGCAGCAUGUGCCUCCAGGCUCUCGCUGUCCACUUCCAUGCUACAAACAGUAAAUGCAGGGAUGUGGGGCCCAAACACCCCCAGGCUUGCACUCCCAGUGCCACUGUCACACUUAAAUACCUGGGGCGGGGGCGGUGCUUUUGCAAAGUUAGAUUUUCGCACAGAUUUGGAGGCUGGAAGUCUGAACUCAGCGCCAGUGGAGGGUGCUCUCUGCAGCCUCGCCAGCUUCUGGUUCCUGGUUCCUUGGCCAUCUCCGUGUCUCUCGGCAUCCCUUCUCCCCCAUGUCUACAUGCUAGCUUGUGUUUGCCAUACUGCCCCCCCCCCACCCCAUGUACUGUGUAGCAGGACCACAGAAGUAACACACAUGCACAGCACACAGGAAACUGAUGCACAAAGGGGUUGCAAAUGUGCAGUUUUGCAAAAAUAAAUGUGUAACCUGUUCUUUUCCUAAAAGACAGCACCCUCUUUUUACAAAUCCAAAGGGAUCCAUCCAAGACUCAUCCUUACACUAAUCCUGCAUCAGGAGAGGCUGGGAUCUGACAACACGUUUGGGGGACAGCCCAACCGAGCCAUUCCACACAGGCAGUUCUCUGCCCAUAGGCUGGAGCACACUGGGUCAGAAUCAACUGGAUGGCAGUGGAUUCGGGGUUGUGUGUUUCAACAGCAGUAAUGAUUUCCUUAAACUAAACCCCAAACUCACUGCCGUCAAGGUGAA